AUGGAUCCAGGAACUUCUCAGCAGACGCCAAACUCUGACACAAACCAAUCAAAAUCACCGACACCCUCCAAGCCUAUUGCGCCAAAGCCGAGACGGAGAAGGAACAAUGAGGCGAAACGGUCGAGAGGGGAGAUAUCGUGCGCUGAGUGCCGGCGGCUGAAGAUGAAGUGUGACAAGCAAAUUCCGUGUGGGACGUGUACUCGGAGAGGAUGUGCCAACAUCUGCCCGCACGGAGUCCUUUCCGGAGGCCAGGGGUCCAGGCUGAUUCUAGCCGAUACUGGAGCCUUACACGGCAAGAUUACUCAAAUGUCACAGCGCAUCCGGCAGCUCGAGGACGCGCUCGGUAUCAUGCAGGCCGACGUAUCCAAAGAUCGGCAUCCACUGCUUACUCGCGAGCUCUUGCGCAUCAAGCAUUGGCCGGAAGAUGACGGAAAAGACAAGGAGCAUACCGAUGAUACGGAAGGCAAGGAGAAAAAGGAUGAGAGAAUUACCAACAUGAUCAAUGCAAUGGGGACGCUGACAAUUGGGGAGCAUGGGGAGGCCAAGUAUUUUGGGCAAUCUGCGGGGUCCGAGCUCGACUCCACCCUGGACUCCUUCUUCGAUGGGCCCGGGCCGAUGGAAGCUAUCCCCUUCCUCCCCUCCAUACCCGGCAUAACUCGAGACAACCCUGCGGAAGGCCUCACGCUCCUUGAAUCAUCCCUCCCGCCGCUACCACGGGCCUGGUCGCUCAUCGAGACCUACUAUGCGCAUUCCUCUGCCCACUUCCGGCCGAUCAAGCGGUCGGACCUCGUGGACGAGAUCCUCACGCCCAUUUAUCGCUCCCUUUCCUCGCAUUCGGAUGAACCAGGGGAGCUAGCCCGCAAAAUGGCCCAUAAAUUCGGUGUAUUAUAUCUAAUCUUCGCACUGGGUGCACUAACGGACCUAACGCUCCCGCCUUUCGCGGAGGAGGCUCACCGAUACUUCUUAUUAGCGAGGAACUCAGUAAGCGUGAAGAGUGUGACAGAAAGCCCGGCGAUCGAAACAGUGCAAGCGCUCGCCCUCGUUUCGAGCUACCACUCACUUUCCGGGCGGAAACCCACGUCGGAAACUAGCUGGAGUUUCACGGCUUUCUCUAUGAGAAUGGCGCUAAGCGUGAGUGCCUUUGAUCGCGACUGCGCACGAUGGGGCUUAGACGGUCGGACUAUCCAGCGGCGCCGCUAUAUUUUCUGGGAGAUAUAUACCACGGAUGUCCUCCUGAGUCUUGCUCUUGGCCGUCCGCCAACGAUCUCGCUUUCUUUCGUCGACUGCGCCUUCCCCCUUGACGAGGAGGCCACGCUAGCGGACGGUGGAGAGCACGUUCCGAGCUUUUAUGCUUGGAAAUACUCCGUCGCCAAGGAUAUUCUCGGUCCAAUCAUCGAGGCCCUCUCCGCCGCACAGCCGAUGAAGUAUGAAACUGUGUUGGAUUUCGACCGCAAAAUUCGUCAGAAGGCAUUCCCCAAAGGCCUCAAUUUCUUUGUAACACCGGACCACGAGGAGUACCACGAUCGUUCCGCCUCCAUUCGGACAUGGCUCAUCGCGCAGUACCGGCUUUUUCCGAUGUUUGUCAUUCAUCGACCGUACUUCGCCCAGGCGCUCCUGGAGCACCCAGGCAACCCGUUUCGCAGCCCCUACGCGCCGUCUUUCCUCGCGGCGUACCACUCCGCCUCGCUCAUGAUAAAGCGCGAUCUGCACUACUUUGAACGCGUUCCGGAUAUGUUCCUCCGCGCGGGUGGGUUCUGGCAGCACCCCUUCACCGCUGCGGUCAUCAUGGGCCUUGUAGUUGUGCGGAUGCCGAAGUCGCACAUGGCUCUCAACGCGCUGGGAGAACUCAAUCUGGUCGUCGAUUUAUUCGAGAAAGGAGCGGCCAUCAAUAUCCGUGCACAGCGUGGGCUUAUUUUCCUCCGGAGACUUCGAAGCAAGGCACAGCAUGCAUUCUUUCAGUCCCGAACGGCCGAUCGGGCGGGUGUCGACGGCGUGCUGUCCGUGUUCGCGGCCUCUUCCACGGACGGCAGCGAGGAGCUUGCCCUAUUCGGCGGGCAAACCAAGGUUCUU